AUGGAGGAAGCUCUGACGAUUCAGUCUUUGUUCAUUUAUCCGAUCAAAUCUUGCCGCGGAAUCUCUGUACCUCAAGCAACCGUAACUCAGACUGGAUUUCAAUGGGACCGGUAUUGGUUGGUUGUGAACUACAAAGGAAGAGCAUACACUCAAAGAGUUGAGCCAAAGCUCGCUCUUGUGGAGUCGGAGCUGCCUGAAGAAGCUUUCUUGGAAGAUUGGGAGCCAACAAAAGACUCAUUUUUGGUGGUAAGAGCUCCUGGUAUGGAACCGUUAAAGAUUCCAUUGACUAAACCAAGCUCGGUGGCUGAAGGUGUGUCGAUGUGGGAAUGGUCUGGCUCUGCCUUUGAUGAAGGAGAAGAUGCUGCAAAAUGGUUCUCAGAUUAUCUUGGAAAGCAAAGCCGUUUGGUUCGGUUUAACAAAGAGACUGAAACAAGACCAUCACCUCCUGAGUUUGCAGAUGGUUACUCUACAACAUUUGCAGAUAUGUUUCCGUUUCUGUUUGCAUCUCAGGCUUCUUUAGACCAACUGAAUACACUUCUACCAGAACCUGUGCCUAUCAACCGGUUUCGACCCAAUUUUCUUGUGGAUAAUUGUGAUCCUUUUGGUGAAGAUCUUUGGGAUGAGAUCAAGAUUAAUGAUUUAGUCUUCCAAGGAGUUAGGCUCUGUAGCCGCUGCAAGGUACCAACUGUGAAUCAGGAAACCGGUGUUCCCGGUGCAGCAACUGUGAAUCAAGAAACCGGUGUUCCUGGUGCAGCAGAACCAACUGAAACUCUGAUGAAGUUCAGGUCAGACAAAGUCUUAAUGCCGGACAAGAAACCGCGCGGCAAGGUUUUCUUUGGUAAGGAAAUGGUUUGGAAUUGGAAUGGAAGCAACAGUGAAGACAAAGGCAAGAAGACAAUCAAAGUUGGUGAUACCAUCUCUGUCCUAAGGAAGAUACCUUCCAGAGCUGAAGCAGCUGCUUAA